CCAACUUCCUCCCCACCGCCCGAACGAGGGUAUCUGCGCAAUUUUGGAGCCUGGACCACCAUGUCGGAGAGCGUAGAUAACCCUGAGCAGCCCGAUCCAGGCGCUUUGAUCCCGGACGCAGCCCCAGACCCAAAUCUACAUCUCCAAGUGGACACAUCCGACGACAACGACUCGACCCUUGGCUUCGACACUCUUUCCACAGCGAGCGCCUCGCUGACUUCGUCCAUCCAGAACUACAAAUACGAAAAUGGCCGGCGCUACCACGCCUUCCGCGAGGGCACCUACCCGCUACCCAACGACGAGCCCGAGCAAGACCGACAGGACCUUCUCCACCACAUUUUUCGUCUGAUACUCGGCGGCAAGCUUUUUCGCGCUCCUCUAGGGCAUGCGCCGCCGCGGGUGCUCGAUGUCGGGACCGGGACUGGGAUAUGGGCGAUGGACUUUGCUGAUGAAUUCCCUCAAUCUGUCGUGAUUGGGACGGACCUGAGCCCAAUCCAGCCGAAGUGGGUUCCGCCCAACUGUAAGUUUGUCAUCGACGACGCCGAGAGCGACUGGCUGUAUCGGCCAGAGGAGGCAUUCGACUACAUUCACUGGAGAGGUCUCGGGGGCUCCGUCGCCGACUGGCCCAGAUACUACCGGCAGGUCUGGAACCACCUGGUGCCCGGCGGAUGGUGCGAGGCGCAAGAGUACGAAGCCUGGCUUCGGUCGGACGACGACUCGAUCCAGCAGACGGGUAAAUCGAUCCUGCAGUGGAUUGCGCUCGUGGACGAGGCGAGCACGAAGUUCGGCAAGAAGAUCAAUAUUGCCAAACUGCAGAAGCAAUACAUGAUCGACGCGGGGUUUGUGGAUGUUCGUGACGAGAUGUACAAGGUGCCCGUGGGGACGUGGCCCAAAGACCCCAAGCUCAAACAGAUUGGGAUGUUUGAGCGCGAGCACAUGAUCGCUGCCGUCGAGCCAUUUACCUUGGCUCUGCUCACGCGGGUUCUCGGCUGGAGCGUCGAGAGCACACAGGUUCUGAUGGCGAAUGUGCGGAAUGAGUUUCUGGACAAGAGAAACCACCUGUACAGUUAUUUCCACUUUGUCUAUGGGAGGAAGCCUGAAGCGCCGACUUAAGAUGUUGCGCAGGGAAGGGUUUGUUCCGUAUUGUGGAUUCAAAUGAAAAAGAAGAGGCUUUGAUAUGGUGGGAGGCUAGCGAAUUCGGGCAUGCUACAUGGACUACAGACGCUGAGAACUGCCAUUGCUUCCGGUGGUCAGCGAUCGCGAUAUGGGAACAUAAGGGAUAGCGAUGUAUUUCACAGGGUAACGCACGACAAAAUGUAGGAAACGCUCUCAAGGUCC